UUUCUCUACGCUGCGCCUACCAAUUAUAAGUCGCACCAGUUUUUCCUUUUGAAGUUACUACAGCACGGAACCAAUUGCUGGUGUUUUGUUACGGUAGCGGCUGAUGCGUAGUCACAGCUCGCAAGGAGGGCACCGAAAUCGCGAACGAAAAGCGGAGUGACUACCCGCACAUCCGCCCACCUCAGGGGAGCAUCGUUAAUCUUCGAUCGUUGGGUAGGACACCCAAGUGAGACGCAUCCCCGUUGGGGAUGACGCACCGAGUGUAGUCGUUUGUUUGCUUACGAUUGCAAACACAUUACUGUCCGUGGGUUGUGCUGCUUCACCAUCGCGGGUGUCCGGCAGGACCAGUGCUCCUCGCAGCGAUGAUGAACCUAGUGGACUGCAAUCCGUACGGCAACGGAUUGCUGUACGCUGGAUUUAAUCAGGAUCAGGGAUGUUUCGCUUGUGCGACCGAUAACGGAUUCCGGGUGUACAACAGUGAUCCGCUGAAGGAAAAGGAACGACAAAUCUUUCCCGAUGGUGGCGUGGCGUACGUUGAGAUGCUGUUCCGCUGUAACUAUCUGGCACUGGUCGGCGGUGGCCUGAGGCCGCUCUAUCCGCCGAACAAGGUGCUCGUGUGGGACGAUCUCAAAAAAGCACCCGCCAUUUCUCUCGAUUUUAAUGCUCCCGUCAAAGGAGUGCGACUGAGGCGUGAUCGCAUUGUGGUCGUGCUUGAGGGCAUCAUCAAAGUGUACACGUUCACCCAAACGCCCACCCAGCUGCACGUCUUUGAGACGGCCAAAAACCCACAGGGAUUGUGUGUGCUCUGUCCCAACAGCUCGAAAUCACUGCUCGCUUUCCCGGGUCGUCGAACGGGCCACGUACAGAUCGUGGAUCUGGCCAACACGGAGAAGGCUCCACAGGAGAUCAUUGCACACGAGACGGCAAUCAGUUGCAUUGCUCUGAACCUGCAGGGCACACGGAUGGCAACGGCCAGUGACCGGGGCACGCUGAUUCGGAUAUUCGACACAAGCAGCGGGGCAAAGGUGGCCGAAUUGCGCCGCGGCUCUAAUCAGGCCAAGAUUUACUGCAUCAACUUCAACCAUCAGUCGACGUCGGUGGUCGUAUCGUCGGAUCACGGUACGAUACACGUAUUCAAUCUCGAUGAGCCGAGCAAGGGACGAGACAGUGCUUCGGGUGGCGGUGGUGGCAGUGGUGGAGGUGGGGGCGGUAGCGGUGGCGUCGGGGGAUCCAGCCUGUUGACACGAUACUUUACCAGCCAGUGGUCGUUCUGCAAGUUUUCCAUCCCCCAAGGACCACCCUGCAUUUGUGCGUUUGGAUCUGAAAACAAUUCGGUUAUUGUGAUAUGCGCAGAUGGACACUACUACAAAUUUGUCUACAACAGCAAGGGCGAAUGUUCGCGAGAAGUGUGCUCACAGUUCCUCGAGCUAUCGGAUGACCAGACGUAAGGAUGACCAGGCGUGGCGUGGGGUUGGCAUCAUUGGAAGUUCUUUUAAAUAAACCAAACUCACAUACACUAAACACACAUACAGAAACACACGCAUACGUUCACCGAUGCAUAAUUGAAAGGCGCGCACAGCAGAAUAGAUGUAAACGGUGUAGAAGGCUCAGGCGGCGUCGUGCGUAUGUUGGCUGCGAUAAAGGCAAAGGGGAUACCCUCUCCGCUAAGCAUUCGAUGGACCAGAUGGACGCUAGCGUGCGGGAGGUUCUCCCGCCUGCCUGCCUGCCUGUCGGAAACGUGAUACGAGUUUGCACCGUAUCGAUCGAAGCGAAGGGGGUUGGCGAGCAGGAGCAGACAAUCGUUGAAUGUUGACGUGUACCGACGCCCUGUUUGCAGGACCGUUUUAGAGACUGUGUGCAAGCAAAGCGAUAUAGAAACAGAAAGUGCUAAGAAACUUAUAAAUAAACUCGUUCGAAUGUGUCUUGAAA